CCUUCCUAUUGCUCUGUGUGUGUGGCAAGUGCAAGUCCAUAGUAAUGCAGAUGCUGUCCAUAGUACUAAACAGACUUUCUGAUUAGUUUUAACAGCUGGUAACUAGUUGUCAGGUGUGUACAGUGACACUGCAGAUAGAUUAGUAUGAGUCCUCGUCAUUUAAAGGGAAGAUUACUUCAGUGACAAAAGACUUGAGCAAGAUCUUGAGUCAACAGAGAGAGAGAGGAAGAAGAGACAGAACAGGGAAGGAGAUAGGUGACAGUGUCAGACUAAUCUGCGUCUUCUGCUUGUAUCCUGAUAACGGAGCAAUCGUAAGAUACCUUCAGUUUUACACUGCCAAAGGACUGCAGCCAUGAUUCAAUCCCGGACCCUCAGAGUAGAUUAUGGCAAGAUGACACGUGUUGUAUAUGUGGUCGGCACGGAGCUGAAUGUGGACCUGAACAGGGGUGCUCCUCCAAGCUCCAAGUUCUGCUCUGUGAAGGCCUCUCCCAAUGUUCAUUGGAGCAUCGGCUCUGUGUCCCCAAAGCCAUUCCACCUCUGUCCCAUCUCUCUCACUGAAAAUUCAGUACUAUCCAUCACCAUGAGCUCUGCCAGUGAGGAAGAAAAUGAUAGCAAGCUGUCUAUCUGGUACUACAACGAGAAUAAAGUGAAGUUAGGAGAUGCAAUCCUCCACCUGACAGCUGUUGAGAUCUCUCUCGAUGUGGAUGCUGACAGGGACGGUGUUGUGGAGAAGAACAACCCUAAUAAGGGAUCCUGGAAAUGGGGCCCUGAUGGGCAUGGUGCCAUUGUACUAGUCAACUGUGACUGUGAGCGUACCUACUGGAAGAAACCAGACACCGAGCAGAACUUCAUCUCGAAAUUGUCAGAUCUGAAGGACAUGUCUCUCAUGGUGCUGCGGACCAAAGGCCCCGCCAAACUCCCAGAUGGCUACAAGCUCACCCUGCACAUCUCUCAGGGUGACGCAGAGGGUAUCAGAGUCUACAGAUUUGAAAAAGAAGUUGGGAAACCUAACUACACUGUGGAUAACUAUCCACUGUUUCUGGACAGUAGAUACCUGUCCAAACAAGUGACUUACCUUGGAGGUGCAAGAGAGGUGAACUUUUAUGUAGAGGGCCUCAGGUUUCUUGACAAAGACUUCAAUGGGCUCAUCACUAUCAACCUCAGUCUGUUAGAGCCCAUCUCUAAAAGUGUCCCUGAGACACCUAUUUUCAGUGACAAAGUCUUGUUCAGAGUGGCGCCAUGGAUCAUGACACCCAACACCCUCCUGCCUGAAGAGGUGUUUGUUUGUAGCACAUCUGAUAACAGCAAGUUCCUUGAAGAAAUAAAGAACUUUGUUGCAAAGAGUGGGUACAAGCUUAAGAUUUGCCAAGAGUAUGUGAAUAGAGGAGAUCGCUGGAUACAGGAUGAGAUGGAGUUUGGUUACAUCGACUCACCUCAUCAACAGUUUCCUGUUGUUCUGGAUUCCCCUCGGGAUAGAAAACUCAUGGACUUUCCAUUUUAUGAACUACUGGGCCCUGACUUUGGCUAUGUGACGAGGGUGGCUGAAAGACAAGAUGUGAGCAGUCUGGAUUCAUUCGGUAAUCUGGAGGUUAGUCCUCCUGUCACUGUGAAUGGAAAAAACUACCCACUGGGCAGAAUCCUCAUUGGUGUGGCCUUUCCUACGGCAACUGGAGGACGGAACAUGACCAAAGUAGUUCAGGACUUCUUGUGGGCUCAGAAAGUUCAGGAUCCCAUUGCCUUAUUUUCUGACUGGCUCCGUGUCGGCCACAUAGAUGAAUUCAUGACUUUUGUUCCUGCACCUGGCAGAAAGGGCUUCCGGCUGCUGCUGGCCAGCCCAGAUGCAGCUUACAAACUAUUCAAAGGCUUACAGAAAGAUGGACAUGGACAAGCCAAACUGUUUGAAGGUCUGGAAAAUCAAGAAACAAUUACAGUGGAUGAGAUACUCAAUGAUGAAGACCUGCAAGCUGAAAAUAACUAUGCGCAGAGCUGCAUCGACUGGAACAGGGAUCUACUGAAGAGAGAGCUGGGCCUGGAUGAUGAGGACAUCAUUGACGUCCCUGUCCUCUUCAAAACUGACCCAAGGCAAAAUAGAGCAGAGGCGUAUUACCCUGACCUGGUGAACAUGAUUGUCUUGGGGAAAAACCUCGGCAUCCCGAAGCCCUUUGGCCCCAAGGUGAAUGGACGUUGUGUCCUGGAGGCUGAGAUGUGUUCCCUGAUGGAGGGCCUGGGCCUCAGCUGCACGUUCAUCGAUGACUUUGCCUCCUACCACAAAAAGCUGGGAGAGGUGCACUGUGGUUCCAACGUCCGCAGGGAAGUGUUUGACUUCAAAUGGUGGAACCUGGAGAUGUGAACCGAAAUUCAACAGUGGAUGGAGAUGGUAUAGAGAGGAAGAAAGAUGAUUUGAUCUUUAAACAAAACAACAGAAGCUUCAGUUAGCUUCAGGUUGGCAGAGAUAUUUUUCUUGUCAGAGCCUUACAUUAUCUCCAUGUCUUAAAAUCAUGAAAUGCUUAAUUUUCUUUUCAUUCAUCAUUUUGGAAUACAUGCCAUUUUUUUUUCUAUGUGUCUCAUUUUCAUAUGAAAGUACCUGCACAGUAAUCAUUAACAUGUAUGCAGAAAAAAUUAACCAGGUGGAUUGAUCUGUGUAUGCAUCUUCAUCUUUUUUUAACAUUUUUGUUGGCUUAAUUUACCAAAAGGAUGAAAAGCAAUAUUUUCAAACAAGUCUUUUGAACAAGGACUUAAGCAGACUGUCGACAAGCACAAAAAUACUGUCACUGGAAUAAAGCACAUAGAAGAUGAA